ACUGUACCCUGAAUGUUCUUUCCAGGAACUCUGCAGAUGCAGCAGCUACAAGGGAAAGGGGAGGGGGAGGGGAGGCUCCAGUUAUAGGAACAGGCCCUCCCUGCUAAGCCGUCACUGCCGGCGGCCGCCCUUCCUGGCUUUACAAAGAAAUCAGCCCAUCCGGUCUUUUUCGGCAGCUGCCCUGCAGGAACCUUUUCUUUCUUUUGUCUCAUGGAAUACACGAGUUCACCAGCUGUGGGGCCCUACUGUUGCUCCGCAGAAGACGUCUGUCGAGCUGGACUGGGCUGGGCUAAUCAAGGGGGCUGCCAACAGCACUUUUGAUAUACAGCCAGGGCCCUUUGCCUCCAAUCCGUCCAAAGCAACGUCAGUGGCAAAAGCAUAGUCUGCCUCAAGUUUGUGCUGCCACCAUCUGAGCUUCCAGGCCAUGUUUCCGCAGCCCCUUGUGCCUCUAGUGACAAGACGCAAAGAGAUGGGGGUGCCUUCUGUGCGUCGGACCACAUUGUCUGCCAAGACCCGCCCACGUGGUACCAGUGGCACUAUGCUGCUGCCUUCCAUGUUGAUGUUUGGUGUGAUUGUGGCGUCCAGUGGCCUACUCCUCAUGAUUGAGAAGGGAAUUUUGGCUGAAGUGAAGCCUCUCCCCCUCCACCCCUCUAACAGAGAGCUAUUCUGGAGAAGAACAGGCAGCAGGAGAACAGCAGGAGAUGUGGAUUACCAAGUGCUGCAGGACAUCCGAAAUAGGACAAUCCGUACCAUGUGCAGACAAAAAAACAUGCCUCGCACCAUUUGGGACCUGUCAGCAGGCCAAAGGAGGACAGUGCUCAAACAUAUUCUGGUUAGUGACAAACACCGCUUUUUAUACUGUUAUGUUCCCAAAGUGGCUUGCUCCAACUGGAAACGAAUUCUGAAGGUUUUAGAUGGCACAUUGGAGAAUGUAGAUGUUAAACUUAAAAUGGAUCACAAAAGGGAUUUAGUUUUCUUAAGUGACAUGAAGCCAGAUGAGAUUCGUUACCGGCUAAACCACUAUUUCAAAUUUAUAUUUGUCAGAGACCCGAUGGAAAGACUUUUGUCUGCUUAUAGGAAUAAAUUUGGUGAGAUUAAAGAAUACCAAUUAAAAUAUGGUGUGGAAAUAGUCAAAAGAUAUAGGAAAAACCCUGGAAAAAGCAUGGGCGAUGAUGUCACCUUUUCCGAAUUUCUCCAGUAUCUCAUAGAUGAAGACACAGAAAAAAUGAAUGAACAUUGGAUGCCUAUCUACAACUUGUGUCAACCCUGUGCUAUAAAGUAUGAUUUCAUUGGAUCCUAUGGCAGACUGGAAGAAGAUGCCAAUUUUGUUCUUGAAAGGGUACAAGCACCAUCUUUUAUACGUUUCCCAGAAAGGCAAAUAUGGUAUAAGCCUGUAACUCCUGAAACUCUGCAUUAUUAUAUGUGUAGUACUCCAAGAGAACUUAUAAAAGAGCUAUUACCAAAAUAUAUUCUGGAUUUCUCUUUAUUUGCAUAUUCCCUUCCAAAUGUUACUAGUGAGUUUUGCAGAAAAUGAACUGUUUCUACUCUGAAGCAAACUGUAUCCUAUGCAGUUUUCUAAUUUUAUAGCUUUUUAAUACUUUUUGAUAUAUAAUGAUUUACUAUACAGUAUAUGCUAUCUUUGCGUGAAAAUAGCUUUAACUUUUAUACUAUAUAUACACGCGUCGCUGAAUUAAGCACAAUAUGUUUAUUUGGACUGUGUUAUUUUUGUAUAUUUUAGGAACAAUGCAUUUUUAUAAUUACCAGAAUACCAACUGCAGGACAGUAGAGUUUUGGGAAGGUUGUAAAACAGCAGGAGGAACAGAAAUAGCAAAAACAAGCCUUGUUGCAGAGGGCUCAGAAGAACCUGCAUGGUGUAUACCUUGUCUCUCUCUGGUAUGAGUUUGAUACAAUGUUGCAUUAAAAUACAGUGACAUGGGAUUUUUAAGUUGGUUAAUGUAGCUAUUAAGGUAGAUAGCAGUCCUAUAUUAUUUGGAAGUAAGUCACAUUCAGUUUGCUAGACAUGCUUCUGGAUAACGAGCAGAGGAACAAGAUUUAAAUCAAAUACAAUUUAUUUUAUAUACUGGUUUAAUAUAUUCAUCAAAGCUUAUUUGAGCACUGAAAUGUGGGGAAGGCCAUUAACAUAACUGGUUUAUGUGAUCAGCAAAACAAUUUGAUUACCUAAAAUUCAGUAUUGCUUUCACAUUUUUUGAGGUAAUAAACAGGACAGGCGUAGGUAUGAGUAGCUGUAUCUGUAUGAGUAGCUGUAUCUACUUUAGGUUCUCAUAAUGGACUUCGUAUUUUUCUUACUGUGAUGGUUUUGUAGGACAGCAUGAUUUAUUUUUAUUUUCUCCAUGGAUGUAUAUGGGGAUGUGUUUUAUUUGUGAAAUAAAAUAUGUUUCACAGUCUCAGGAUUUACUUCUAAUUUACCUGUUAUAAUUUUCUUAGCCUCAGUUUUCAGGUCAUUUCUUAAAUUCUGAUUAUCUACCUGCAUCCUAGAUGGUAUACGGGAUCUCAUCAUCAUGGCUUCAUUCAUUAGAAAGAAUGAAGCAAUCUACUUCUUCAGCCCAUGAGGGCUGCAGACUGGACAGAGUUAUGUGUAUCAUAUGAACCACCUUUGCCACAGAAACAAGAAUAUUGUCAGAAAUAGUGGAGGAUAUUGUACCAAAUAAGAUUCAACAACAUUUUGUGGAUGGAAUGGAGGAGUGCCAUCUUUUGCCGCAAGCAAGAAAAAGUCUAGGACCAACAGACCCAAUAGCUUUAAUUUUCAGGUAUUUAUACAUUCUUUCCAGUUUAAUGUGCAUGUAAUUAUUUACUUGGA